AUGUUUGACGAGCUUCAAGGCAAAGACCCUGAGCUGUAUAAAAGGAAUGGCAUCCUAAGAAUGCUGAAACGGAAUCUUGCGGUCAAGGAAGCUCCUCAAAAGUGGCAGGACAAUGCCGCUGACGGUCCCUUCGAUGUCGUGAUUACAUUUGAGGAGCGAGUUUUUGACAUGGUCAUCGAAGACAUGUUUGCUCGGGAGCGUACACUACAUCAAGCAGCACUGGUCAUCAACCUUGAAGUUAGAGAUACGCAUGAAGAAGCAGCAUCUGGAGCAGAAGCGGCUCUACGACUUUGUAGGAUGUUCGCGGCUCCCGCCACGCGGAAGACUCCGCCGAUCGGCGCGGAUUAUCAGGCGGAUAUUCCGGAACCGCUUUCUUCUCCACACCGUCUGAUGCCGGCUGAAGAAAGCUUCUGGAAGAUCGCUCCGGAAGAUGGGGCAUGCGGCGAGGUCGGGGUUUGCUGCGAAGAAGGCACGUGUGAUGCUGAGCUGGCAUGGGAAGCGAAGUGGCUCGGCACGCAGGUCUGGCCGGACCUAGCCCGGUCCAGGAGGGUCGGGAGAGGCGCAGGCAAGGGGAACCCGUACCUGAGGCUCGGAGGGACGUUGGCUGCUUCGGCGGGAGGCAAGGUCAACUGGCACGUGCCUCGGGGUAUGCUUGGCGCGGCGGCGGAUUGUGAGGGUGACAAUAAAGGCGGUGACACUAACGAAGAUGCUGGUAUUAUCGCUGACGAGUUAGUGUUGGAGGGAGGAGAUAUCGUUGCUGCUCCGUUGCCGUCCCGCACAAUCCACCACCUCCCCCCUCGAGACCUCCUGCGCGUUCCGCCGGGCGCUUGCGCGGGGUGCGGGGCGGACAAGGCGGGGUCCGCGGACUGCGUGCGUGCGCACUGCCACGAGGCGGACGAGGAUCUAGAGGCGGAGCUGGGGCCCGCCGCGUAUCACGCGCUGGGGCUGGCGGAGAUGGGGGAGAAGGUGGCGGAGGGGUGGAGCCCCGAGGAAAUAGAGCUUUUCCUGACUAUUGUCGAACUUUACCCGCAGAGUAAGGGUCUAGACUUCUGGGGGCCGCUAAAACGCGCGUUUGCGUCUGCUGGAGGGGCGGAGGGGGGGGCUGGGGGGGAGGGCGCGGGGGAAGGCGCGGGGGAAGGUGGGGGGAUACUAGCGGGGAUGGGGAUGUGCGCGGAGGGGCGGCGGAGGAGGCGCGUGCGGAGUGUGAAGGAGCUUGUUAGCUUCUAUUUCAAUGUGUUUGUGCUGAGGAGACGAGCUCUGCAGAAUAGGAUUCCUGGGGGGGCAGAGUGGGAGGACGGGGCAGCAAACCGGGCAGGAGACGGGGAAACAAGGGUGGUGAGCGGCGAGACACCUGUGGGAGUGGAACGAGCAGCAGGAGGGGAGCAGGGGGAUAUGCAGCUGCAGGGGAGGUCGAGAGCAGGAGAGCCGGACACACAGCAGACGAACCGUGACUUGAAGACGAUUCCUGGUUCAAGUGGAGAUCAGAAUCGGCCCUCGGGUCUGUUCAAAGCGCCAGCUGAUCGCCCACACAGGGUGAAGGUGAAGCGGGUGCAUGGGAACACGUCAGCAUCACUCGUCGACACGUCAGCAGCAGCGCAGUUCCACUCGUUAGAGGAAGGUUCCAGGAAGCGUGCAAGAGAGGAAAUGGAUCUUCCAGCAGCAUCAGCAGCAUCAGCAGGAGGAUCAUCAAGCGCAGCUGUUCAGUACACUUUUGAUAAUACCCCUAAUCUUUCAGGCUGCUCCCCCGCGAGCUCUCCUGCUCUUCCAUCCACUGCUGCACUUACAGACCCGUCCGCACUCACAUGUGCAUCUGCGCCUUCCCAGAAGCAGCACGUGUAUGCUCCGAGCUCUCCAGGUGGUCUCAUGCACUCAGGUGCUUCUGCAGCUGCUGAUUCCUGGAUCAUAAGCCAUAGCCCUAGCCCUAGCCCUGCACACAAACCCACCUCACCAGCAGCAGGAGGAGGAGUGAGUGGCGGGAGCAACCUUUGCAACAGUUUCAGUGGGUGCGGCGGCAGCAGUGGGUUCGGUAGUGCCUCGUUUGGUUCGGUCGCUCCGGGCCUGUUCGGGGCAGCUUCGGGUUACAGCAUAGGGCAGGAGUUUCCCAGGGAAGGAGGCGCAGUGGGGAAUGAGGUGGAUGCUGGUGUGGAGGAGAGGCGAGGGAUUGAGAGGUUAGGAAGUGAGAGCAGCAGGCAGGUGGAUGAGUGGAUGGAUGUGGACUUGGGUACAGAUGCAGAGGCAGGACGAGAAGCGCAAACAGCAGGCGCUGCUGACGUGGCUGCUGACAGCGUGGCGAAUCUCUAUGCGUGUGAUGCGAGUAGGGGAGCGGAAAACCUCGGGAUUGUACCUGCUGCUGCAUCCCUAGGUGCAGGUGUAGUUGCAGGUGCUACUCCCAGCAGUGCUCGCAGCCCUGUAGGCUGCAUCAGCGUGCGACGCUCAUGCGGCUCUCUCUCCCCACCCGUUCCUCCCCUGCCUCCCCCUCCCCCAGGCUGCAUCAGCGUGCGGAGGGUAGCAGCGGGCCUCAUCCCCCGCUAUGCGCGUUUCUGCCCCUCGGGAUUGCCGGACGCGGCGCAGACGCUCAUGCAGCUCGCGGACUGGUGCGUGGCGGAGCUGCUGCAGCGCCAGGGGGAAGCGGGGGAAACGGGGGAAGCGGGGGAGGGGAAAGCGGGGGAGGGGAGAGGUGCGCAGGGGGAAGUGGGGGACGGGAGAGGCGCACAGGGGGAAGGGGCGGAGGGAAAGUCCGAGCAGGGGGAAAGGGGGGUGCAGGGGCAGCAGGGGGAGUCAGGGGCGCGUGAGAAAGCAGGUGGAGGGGAAGCAGGAGGAGGAGCAGCAAAGGAAGAAGAAGGGUCGGGUAUGGAACAAGGCCCUGGCGAUUCCACGACUGCCGCCUCUGCAGAGGCAUCAACAGAAUCAGCAGCAGCAGCAGCAGCAGCAGCAGAGGCAGCAGCAGCAGCAGCAGAGCGCAAUGUACCUGGUGGUACCAACAAAGCAGCAUGUCGCCGCAAUCUCGGCCCGCCGGCCGACGACACCAAGGUAAUCAUGGCGACGGUGCGGUCGGCGUUCCUCGGCCUGGCGUCCAUCCUGGCUGUAGCGGCGGCUGCAGCGUCCGCUACAGCCCCCUCCUCCCGCACGUCUGCUCCGGCGUACCUCUCCUCUGCUGUGUCUCGGGAUGUGGCCCGAUUCCUCCUGUCGCACCUGCAUCCGGAUUGCACCCUGCCCCUGCCUCCCUUUCAUGCUCCUGACUCAGCAGCAGCUGCAGCUGCUGCUGCUGCCACUGCUGCUGCUGGUGAUGCUGGUGUUGGUGGUGAUGCUGGUGCUACUGGUGGCGAUUUCCACGCUCCUUCCUCUGUUACCGAGUCGAGUGGAAGGCUUCUAACAGGAGAUGGAGCGGCAGCAGCAGCAGCAUCGGCUGAGGGCAAACGAGGGGUAUCCCCUGAAGCUGGCUCUUUAUACGAUGCGGAAAGGAACCGAACCGGAUGCAGCAGCACCGCAGUAGGGUUACCACCAGAACUAGGUUCGGACGACGGAGGCCUGGAGCUGACCUCAGGUCCGGAGCUAGCUUCGGUAAAGCAGAUCGUGGCAGCGGCGGUGGUUCGGGCGAUGCAGCUACAGCCAGAGGCGAUGUUAGGGGCGGCGAUAGAGCAGGCACGGACGGGGGGGUGUGGAGGGGUUGGGAGGGGUGGUGGUGAGAGACAGAGGGGUAAGCAGGCGAUUUCGUUUCUGCUGCAGGUGACUGCUGCUCGGGAGGUGGUGGGUGGGGAGGAGGAGUGGGAGAGUAAGGAGGGCAGGAAGGGUAAGAGGGCAAAGGUGAGUGAGAAAGAGAAGAGGGAGGAGAAGGAAGAAGGGGGGGAUGAAGGGGUGGAGAUGAAGGAAGGGGAUGAGAAAGACGACAAGAGAAAGGGAGGAGAAGAGGGAGGAGAGAGAAGUGCAGCAGCAGCAGCAGGUGAGAGUGAGAAGGAGGCUCGUGGUGGUGAUGGUGAUGAAGGUGAUGAAGGGAUAGGACUGAGGAAGGAGAAGAUGGGAAAAGCAGAGGAGGAGGAGAAGGAUGAGGAAGAGGUGGAGGGGGUAAGUGCAUCAAAGAAGGUUUUCAGGGAAGAGAAGGAAGAAUUGAGGGAGGCUAGGGGGGGCAGUGAAGGGAGGGAGGACAGGGAGGGCAGGGAAGAAAAGGAGGGGAGAGAGGAGUUCGGGCUACAAGGAGAGACGGGCAAGGAGGAGAGUGCCAGGAGCAAGAGGAAGAGAGCGCAGGAGGAGCAGUCAAGCAUGGCAUUCCAAGCCUUGGAUGGACGUCCGGAGUCGCUUCGGUGGCUAGCUGCGGUGCUGCAGCAGGUUCGGCGGAGUGGCUCGGCAGCGAUAGACUCCCUUGGGGAUGCCUGGAACCCGCUCCAGACUCUGCUAGGUGCCCUCAGAGACGCUAGUGCUGCCUCUGCUGCUGCUGCUGCUGCUGCUGCUGCUGCUGCAGCGGCGGCGGCGGCAGCGGCGACGGCGGCUGCUACGGCAGUGGGUUCCGCUGGUGCUGGUUCUGCUGGUAGUGGUGGUGUUAAGGCUGGUGGUGGGGACAGGGGCGAGGGCGAGAGGGACGAGCGGGGAGGAGUGGGGAAGGAGGCGCAGCAGAGGGAAUUAGAGAGGGGUGGGGCGGCAGGAGGAGCAGGAGCUGCUGCCGCUGCUGCUGGUGGUUCAGGUGUUGCGUCAGGUGCUGGCUCAGGUGUAUCUGGGUGGUCGUGGGACGGGGAGGUGUUUACUGUGACGCGGUUUCUGGAGCUCACCUUCUGUUCCGAGGCAGGGGCGCCUGUACCGGUGGAGGGCGUAUCUGGGGAAGGUCACAGGACGGUUCUGCGCUCCCUCUUUGAGAAAUUCGGGCCCGUGGAUGAGGUGAUGGUGGUGGCGGGCAGCGGGGUAGGUGGGACUGGGGUAGGUGCAUCUGGGAGUGGUUUCGGAGGGGGUGUUGGUGGAGGAGAGGAGAGGGAUGGGGUGGGAGGAGGAGUGGGAGGUGGGAGAGGAGGAAGGGGAGGAGGGGGCGGGGGAAGGGAGCAUGGCACGCCAGUGCAUGUGGUGGUAACGAUGGUGACUGUACGCGAGGCGGUGAGGGCAAGGGAGGGGCUGAAUGGGGUGGUGCUGUGGGGGAGAAGGCUGCACGUUCGCUUCGGGGAUGGACCGGGGGGGGUGUUACCUGGGGGAGGGUUACCUGGGGGGGUUUUACCUGGUGGGGGAGGGUUGAUGUUGGCACAAGAGCGAGGAGGAGGAGGAGGGAUAGGGAUGGACGGGAGGGAUCGGGAUCGAGAUAGCCUGCGGGAGCUGGGGUAUAGAGAGGGAGGCAUGAGGCAAACUGGGUUUUCUCCCAGUCUCACUGGCUCGCCUUUCGGUCUGGUUACCAGUAACCGGAGGGCUUUGGGGUUACCUAUAGGUGCAGCUGCGGCUGCUGCUGCCGCUGCUGCUGCAGCUGGCAGGGGCUUAGGGUUAGGGUUUCUGGGGGCGCAUUUGCAGGGGUUUGGAGGGGUGGGUGGGGGGAUGGGGGGAGACAGAGGGGUGGAGAUGGGUCGAGCGGGUACGCCUCCUCUUCCUCUGCCGCCUACUGCUGCUGCGGCUGCUAGUGGAGGUUCUGAAGUGCCGCCGCCCGCUUCUCGGUUGCAUGUGUGGGUGGGCGGCGUGAACAGUGCGAGCGCCAAGGAGAGCCUUCUGCAGCGGCUGGCAUCUGCCGGAGUCCCGCCGCCCGCCCACGUGUCGGUCCUAGUCAGCGCCAGUGCGCUGCUCCUGGAAUUCAGGAGGCAGGAGGAUGCCAACAUGGCCCUGUUGUUCUUAAAACGAGGGGUGGUGCCGGUGUCAGCAGCAGGAGGAGCAGCAGCAGGAGGGGCGGCAGGAGGGGCAGCAGGGGGAGGAGAGGGGGAUGGUACAGGGGAGAGUGGGUAUGUCCGUGGUGCCACUCCUGCUGGUUCUGCUUCUGCUGAUGGUCGUGUUGCUGGUGAUACUGGUGGCGAUAGUGGAUUGGCUGGUGGAUUCAGAAGAGGGGGGAGUAGGGAGAGAGGUUACUCUGUAACCAAGACUCCUUCUCUGUCUGCUGCAGCAGCAGCAGGAUCACCGUCACCAUCGCCAUCACCAGCAGCAGCAUCUACUGCCGGUCCUGCUGGUGGCUACGGGGGGUUCUCAGGCCCUCCCUCUCAUUCCUCCGCUGCUGCUGCAGCAGCGGCGGCGGCGUCUGCUGCUGCUGCAGCAGCUCUAUCCCCUGUUAUCCGCGGCUCAGGAUCUGCCAUCCCUUCUGCAGCCACCACCACCACACCAUCAGCAGCAACAGCCGCACGAGCAGCAGCAGCUGCAGCCACAGCAGGCACACCAGCAGCACUGGCAGCACCAGGAGCAGCAGGGGUGGGGGGGUUUACUCCUACCCACACAACAACCCAGCAGGCUCUAGCAGCGGCUGUAGCGGCAGCAGCAGCCAACACCCCCGGGGCGCAGGCUGUAGCGGCGGCAGCAGCAGCCGCGUCAGGGAUGACGUCAGCGCUGGUGGUGGGCGGUCCGUCUGCCGCCCGGCACCUGUGGGUGGGGAAGAUCGAUCCGACGGUCCCCGAGCACGAGAUCUUGUCGGCGUUUGCGCAGUACGGCGAGAUCGCCAGCUGGCGCUUUGUGAAGCCGCCAGGUCAGCAGGAGGCAGGAGCAGGAGCAGGGGGAGGGGGAUCUGGGGUAGGGGCCGCUGGGGCAGCCGCUGGGUCUGCUGGUAUUGGUGGUGGUGCUGCUGCUGCUGCUGCUGCUGCUGGCGGUGGUGGUGGUUUCAGUGGUGGGGAGAGUGAAGGAGGCAGUACGGGAGCAGGAGGGGCGACAGAUGGGGGGAGGGGUCAGUCUGGGGCGGCUCUCGUGUCGGCAUUUAUUGAUUUCCGGUCGGCAGAAUCGGCCAUUUUGGCCCGGUCGCGACUCAACGGGGCUCGAUACGGCUGCUCCGGCAUCCAGGUGGAGUUCAAGCACGCAGCAUCACGAGCAGCACCCUCCCCCCAACACGCCUCCCUCUCCCACCUGCACCACCUUCACGCCCUCUCCCCAGCGGCCCGCCUCAUGCCCCUCGCCUUCCUCCCCAUCCCAGGCCUCCCCUCCCGCCUCCCCUUCACCCCCGCUGCCGCCCACACUCUCGCUGCCCAGUCUGCCGCCGCCCACACCCUUGCCGCCCAGUCCGCUGCCAGCCUCAGAUUCCUCCGAAGCAUGGGCGCGGGCUUGGGCGGAGGCUUGGGCGCAGGCUCGGUGCCGGGGUUGGGUGCCGGUGGGAUAGGUUCGGGAGGCGGGCUGGUGGGGGUGGGUGAGGGUGGGGUGAGAGAGCGGGACCACGAUGGUGGGGGUGCAGGUGCGGCAGGAGCAGCAGGUGCGGGUGCAGGUUUGGCAGCAGGCUCGGCAGGAAUAGGAGGAGCUGGGGCAGGAGCAGGAGGAGCGGGAGGAGCAGGCGCGGCAGCAGGAGCAGGAGCAGGAGCAGGCGCAGGGGGGUUGGGAGGAGGGAUGAGUGCAGGAGGAGUAGUAUACGGGACAGGAGGCAAGGAGCGGGUACCCACCAGCACACUCUGGAUGGGCAUAUCAGAGCAGGCAAUCUCCACCCACUCUGCAGCCAGCGCAGCAGCAGCCAUGGCGGCGUUCAGCCUAUCUGAAUCCGAGCUGCAGGGCAUCUUCACGGCUGCUGCGGCGGGCAGGGGGUAUGUGACGCGCGUGCGGAGUGCGCGGUCGAUGAGGGGUCCGUGCCGGUUCAUCGAGUUUGACCGAGUGGAGGCGGCUGCUACGGCCCUCAGGAACAUUGUGGCUUCGGAGCGAUUUGAUUCGGCAGUCCAAGUGCAGUUCAGGGGCAGAGCGGCAGGUGUAGCUACAGACUCAACAGACAGGGCAGGCUUGUUGGGGGCUGCAAGGGAGGGAGAGGAGAGGGGAGGAAGAGGAUUGGGUGGAAGGGCAGGAGAAGGGGGAGCGGUUGCAGUAGGUGGUGCAGUGGGUGCUGCUGCUCCCUCUGUGGGCAGCAGAUCAGAGGCAGCCGUUAUGAUCCCGCACUCACAGCAGGCCAGCACGAGCCGCUCGGAGCGGGUGAUGUACUGCCACGUGGCCGCUUCCAGGCAGCAGAUCAGAGGCAGCCGUUACGACCCCGCGCUCACAGCAGGCCAGCACGAGCCACUCGGGUGGCCUGAUAAGCUGGACGUGACAAAGCGGGCAGAUUUUCGGGCAGUGCGGAACACUUUCAAUGCCUGCCCCAGCUCUCGGAGGGAGGUGUGCCUUCUCGUCCCGCUGCCCUCCACGUCCUCAACUGCUCGCUCAACCGACGCUGCUGGCCCCUCCUCUGGAUUCACGCGCAUGGUGGACUAUCUGCGGCAGAAGGAGCGAGCAGGGGUGGUGAAGAUUCCUCCGGCCAAUGGCGUGUGGCCACGUAUGCUCUACGUGCUGCCGUGGUCCCGGGAGAUGUGUGACCUGCUGGGAGUCACUACCGAGUCUCCUGACUGCCUGCUUGGGCUCAUUCUCCCAGCCGUGCCGCUCCCUGCUCACUGA